CCCGGCUCCGCCAGAGUAGUCGUAACUGCAAGCGCGAUGCCGAAGGGGCCAAAGCAACAGCCGCCGGAGCCCGAGUGGAUCGGGGACGGAGAGAGCACGAGCCCCGCCGAUAAAGUGGUGAAGAAAGGGAAGAAGGACAAGAAGACCAAAAAGACGUUCUUUGAAGAGCUGGCAGUAGAAGAUAAACAAGCUGGAGAAGAAGAGAAAGUGCUCAAGGAGAAGGAGCAGCAGCAGCAGCAACAGCAGCAGCAGCAAAAAAAGAAACGAGAUACCCGAAAAGGCCGGCGGAAGAAGGAUGUGGAUGAUGAUGGAGAGGAGAAAGAGCUCAUGGAGCGUCUUAAGAAGCUCUCAGUGCCAGCCAGUGAUGAGGAGGAUGAAGUACCUGCCCCGAUAGCCCGAGGAGGGAAGAAGACCAAGGGUGGUAAUGUCUUUGCAGCCCUGAUUCAGGAUCAGAGUGAGGAAGAGGAGGAGGAAGAAAAGCACCCUCCUAAGCCUGCCAAGCCAGAGAAGAAUCGGAUCAAUAAGGCUGUAUCUGAGGAACAACAGCCGGGGCUCAAGGGCAAAAAAGGAAAGGAAGAGAAGUCAAAGGGGAAGGCCAAGCCUCAGAAUAAAUUUGCUGCUCUAGACAAUGAAGAGGAGGAUGAAGAAGAAGAAAUAACAAAAGAAAAGGAACCACCCAAACAAGGGAAGGAGAAGGCCAAGAAGGCAGAGCAGGGUUCUGAGGAAGAAGGAGACGAGGAGGAGGAGGAAGGGGAGUCUAAGGCCGAUGAUCCCUAUGCUCACCUUAGUAAAAAGGAGAAGAAAAAGCUGAAGAAACAGAUGGAGUAUGAACGCCAGGUGGCUUCAUUAAAAGCAGCCAAUGCUGCUGAAAAUGACUUCUCCGUGUCACAAGCAGAGGUGUCCUCCCGGCAAGCCAUGUUAGAAAAUGCAUCUGACAUCAAGCUGGAGAAGUUCAGCAUCUCGGCCCACGGCAAGGAGUUAUUUGUCAACGCAGACCUGUACAUUGUAGCUGGCCGCCGCUACGGGCUGGUGGGACCCAAUGGCAAGGGCAAGACCACUCUCCUCAAGCACAUCGCCAACCGGGCCUUGAGCAUCCCCCCGAACAUCGAUGUGUUGCUGUGUGAGCAGGAGGUGGUAGCGGAUGAGACACCAGCAGUGCAGGCCGUUCUUCGAGCUGACACCAAGCGAUUGAAGCUGCUGGAAGAGGAGCGACGGCUUCAGGGACAGCUGGAGCAGGGCGAUGACACAGCUGCCGAGAGGCUAGAGAAGGUGUAUGAGGAAUUGCGGGCUACCGGGGCGGCAGCUGCAGAGGCCAAAGCCCGGCGGAUCCUGGCUGGUUUGGGUUUCGACCCUGAAAUGCAGAAUCGGCCCACACAGAAGUUUUCGGGGGGCUGGCGCAUGCGUGUCUCCCUGGCCAGGGCGCUGUUCAUGGAGCCCACGCUGCUGAUGUUGGAUGAACCCACCAACCACUUGGACCUCAAUGCUGUCAUCUGGCUCAAUAACUACCUCCAGGGCUGGCGGAAGACGUUGCUCAUCGUCUCCCACGACCAGGGCUUCCUGGAUGACGUCUGCACUGAUAUCAUCCAUCUCGACGCCCAGCGGCUCCAUUACUAUAGGGGCAAUUACAUGACUUUCAAGAAGAUGUACCAGCAGAAGCAGAAGGAACUGCUGAAGCAGUAUGAGAAGCAGGAGAAGAAGCUAAAGGAGCUAAAGGCGGGUGGCAAGUCCACCAAGCAGGCAGAAAAGCAAACAAAGGAAGCCCUGACUCGAAAGCAGCAGAAAUGCCGACGGAAAAACCAGGAUGAGGAAUCGCAGGAGGCCCCUGAGCUCCUGAAGCGCCCAAAGGAGUACACUGUGCGCUUCACUUUCCCCGACCCCCCGCCACUCAGCCCUCCUGUGCUGGGUCUGCACGGUGUGACGUUUGGCUAUGAGGGGCAGAAACCACUCUUUAAGAAUCUGGAUUUUGGCAUCGACAUGGACUCAAGGAUCUGCAUCGUGGGCCCCAAUGGCGUGGGGAAGAGCACUCUGCUGCUGCUGCUGACAGGCAAGCUAACACCGACUCGUGGCGAAAUGAGAAAGAACCACCGGCUGAAAAUUGGCUUCUUUAACCAGCAGUAUGCAGAGCAGCUGCGCAUGGAAGAGACGCCCACUGAGUACCUGCAGCGGGGCUUCAACCUGCCCUACCAGGAUGCCCGGAAGUGCCUGGGCCGCUUCGGCCUGGAGAGUCACGCCCACACCAUCCAGAUCUGCAAACUCUCUGGUGGGCAAAAAGCCCGAGUUGUGUUUGCAGAGCUGGCCUGUCGGGAGCCUGAUGUCCUCAUCUUGGACGAGCCCACCAAUAACUUGGACAUCGAGUCUAUUGAUGCUCUGGGGGAGGCCAUCAACGAAUACAAGGGUGCUGUGAUCGUUGUCAGCCACGAUGCCCGACUCAUCACAGAAACCAACUGCCAGCUGUGGGUGGUGGAAGAGCAGAGUGUCAGCCAGAUCGAUGGGGACUUUGAGGACUACAAGCGAGAGGUGUUGGAGGCGCUGGGUGAAGUCAUGGUCAGCCGACCGCGAGAGUGAGCUUUCCUUCCUGGAAGUCUCCCGAAAGAUCAGCUUGCGUGGCCUGGAAGUCUCCUAUUGUCACCCUCUCUUCACUCGGAAGCCUGCCUUUGGUCUGCAGCUGACCCAGCAACUACUCAGGCACACAGAGGCGGAGUGUGGUCUUGAUGUGACCAGAAUACCACUUUGCUUCCUUUUCUCUGAAAGACUUGUCUGUUCCGCUUUUCUAGAGAUAACUGAGCUGGCCUUAUCCUUGACUUCCCUCUCUACAAACAGAGCUGACCUUCAUUAGUGUGGGGUUCCAUCCAGCCAAGUUAACGUGGCCAGUUGUCUCGAGACUCAUCACUCAAAGCCUGCCGCUGGGCCGCCCUCCAGCUUCAGGCCCAGCUGGUCUUUGAGUGGUGCUCUUCUUCUCUGGUGGAUUCAACGCUGACUUACUGAGACAAACAGCUGUCGCAGCUCAGAGCUGGAGGAGAGUUCUGAGCCCAGCCUGGGAUUUGGUGCCUGCAGCCUCUUGUCUGGUUGGGGACUUGGGGGCAGGAAAGGAAUGCUGCUCAACUUGAAUCUCCCUUUACAAGGGGGAGAAAUAAAGGAAAGGAGUUGCUGCCA